GGUGCUCUUAUGUACAAGGCCCACUCCACUAAGGCUUGAUUUGCUUGGUAAGGGAAAAAAUUUCUCCUUUCUCCAAGAAAGUUCUGCAUUUUAGUAUUUUUAUUUAAAUAUUCUGGUUGGUUGUACAGAGAAAUUCAAAUCCUACUACGAAAAGGAUUCGCAGGACACUAAAUUGGAAAUCAAAUCAAGAAACCAAAUUUGAGCAGUCCUGAAUCUAAUCUAAUUUAUAAACCACAAUCAUUGCAACAUCAAUUGCAAAUCACCAUGGAUAGUCUCUAUUUCUCUUUAGAGGUUGACGAUAAGGAGUUCUCCGCCUGCGACAACGAUGAUGAUGAAGAAUUCCAAAACGACCUUCAAGCCCUCAAGCAAGCCUGUCUCAAAACCGGGCCUAACCCUGACGAUUGCGAAAUCAACGCUGCCGAUUGCAAUUCUCCUCCUGUUCCUGUGUCCGCAUCCGCCUCCACUGCAUCAGCCAACCAGUUAGGUUUGGAUUCUGAGAGUGAUGAUGAGGAUUUGGAGCUGUUUCGGAGCAGAAGGAGUCGUCUUGCGACGUCGGAUGUUGUUUGCGAUCCUCUUUUCCCGCCAAUUACUUCCGAUUGUAACGAGGACGACGCUGAAGAUGAUUUCGAGACUCUUCGUGCUAUCCAGAGACGGUUUUCUGCUUAUACUGCUUCCGAAUCUAGGAUAUCAAGCGACAAGUCAGAGAAUUCUACCUUCCCAAAAUCUGCAAAGAUGUUCAUUGAUGCAAUUAAAAGUAAUCGAUCAUUCCAGAAGCUUCUUCGUAGUAAAUUAACCCAGAUUGAAGCAAAAAUUGAGAAAAAUAAACAAUUGAGGGAACGCCUUAAAAUUCUCAAGAACUUUGACAUUUCUUGCAAGAAAAGAACGACUCGGGCAUUAUCUCUGGGGAAGGAUCCUCGUAUACAAUUCAUCUCCACUCGCAAGUCCAAGGCGUCGGGGAAACAUUGUUACGGUCCUCCAGAGAACCCUCAAGUUCCUGAUUAUAGAAUGGCUUUAACAAAGCUCCCACUUUCACUGGAACUGAAAAAAUGGAGUAAGGAAGAAAGGGAAAAUCUUAUAAAAGGGAUUAAACAGCAAUUUCAAGAAAAGGUGCUUUACGGUUCUGUAGAUUCAUGGAGAGAUGGGAAUAAUUUGGAUAAUAUUAUUGCGUCAAUCAAAGACAUUGAAAUUACCCCAGAGCGGAUUAGGGAGUUUGUUGCACAAGUUAAUUGGGAUCAAUUAGCUUUGAUGCUGAAAUCAACAACAAAUUCUAACGACUUCUUUUCCCGUCAUCUGCUCCUUACCUCCUCGGUCGGUGGCGGUUCACCUCUGUUUGGAUUGCCCUGUUCUCACUCCGGCGGCAGGAAGCUGGGGAGCUCAAGCUCUUUCUCGAACUCAAACCGCCCGUUUUCCGCUUGACGGUGCCGUUUGAAUGUUAAGUCUUUGGCUUUGGGUCCAUUUUUGCAGGUUCAGGUCUGCAAUUGGAACAGGUUUUGGUUUACGGACCAUGAGAUUUGGGCUUGAGUCUGGUAUAGUUAAGAGUUCAGUCCAAUUAAAGUUUUUCCGAUUGU